CAAACCACUCUCAGACAGAUUCUCAGUUUGCUCCUAAUUCCAUGGCGCUUCUUGGCAAUCUCAGCAGCCUUAGUGUCAAGAAGCAGUACUGCAACACCAGAUGCCUGAUCCCUACCAUCUCCCUCCUCCUCCUCGUCACCGUCCUCGCCAUCUCAAACGCAUACUUCCCCUUCCCGAUGAGUAAACCGCGCGCACCGCCGACUUGGCUGUCUUCUUCUUCUUCCUUCUCCGACGUGCCGGAUGCCGACGGCGAGGCCUGUGACAUAUUUAGGGGCAAAUGGGUGCCGAACCCUCAUGCUCCUUACUACACCAACAACUCCUGCACUAUACACGAGCACUAUGACUGUAUGAAGUACGGCAAACCGGACCUCGGCUUCGUGCGAUGGCGGUGGCGUCCCGACGGUUGCGACCUCCCCCGCCUCGACCCGGCGAGCUUCCUCUCCGCCAUGAGGGGAAAGACCAUUGCCUUCAUCGGGGACUCCCUCGCCAGGAACCACAUGAACUCCCUCAUCUGUCUCCUGACCAGGGUGGCGGAGCCGACGGUGAGCUGGCCGAGCAGCGAGCACAUGGUGUACCACUACGGCGGCGGCAAUGGCGGUGGCUACAACUUCACCGUCGUCAGCUUCUGGGCGCCGUUCCUGGUCCGGAACGAGCUCGUCGACCCGGACGGGCCGGCGCACACGGGCCUGUGGAACCUGUACCUCGACGAGCCCGACGCCGUGUGGGCAGCGCACGUCGGGGAGCUCGACUACGCCGUCGUGUCGGCGUCGAGCUGGUUCUACCGGCCGGCGAUGCUGUACGAGGCCGGGCGGCUCGUCGGGUGCAGCCACUGCCUGCUCCCCAACGUCACCGACCUCACGCUGCGGUACGCGCUCCGCAUGGCCACGCGCGCCGCGCUCCGCGCCGUGGGCGGCGGCGCCGGCGAGGGCAGGUUCCGCGGCACCGCCGUGCUGCGGACCGUGUCGCCGUCGCAGUACGAGGGCGGCGAGUGGAACAAGGACGGCAACUGCCUCCGUACGCGGCCGUACCGGCGCGGCGAGAAGAGGCUCCAGGGCAUCGAGUUCGACUUCCACACCCUGCAGGUGGAGGAGUUCGAGGUGGCGGAGACGGCGGCGAGCGGUGGCGGCGGCGCGGUGAGGAUGAUGCUGAUGGACACGACGGAGGCGAUGAUACUGAGGGCCGACGCGCACCCGAGCAAGUACAGGGGAUGGACGCGGCGGAAGGGGUGGAUGAAGGAGUACUUCACCAUCGCCAACGACUGCGUGCACUGGUGCCUCCCCGGCGCCAUCGACGCCUGGAAUGACAUGCUUGCCCACAUGCUGCUCACAUCGCCAAGCUAGGGAAGAACUAAUAUUUGAUCAAACGCCACGGUCAGUCUCUGGCACACGAAAUAUAUUUAUCUUGAAUUUAAGGCUGGAAUGUCAAAACCACCACUAGAAGUCGUGUGAAUUUCUAGCAUGUUUGCACAAGCUGAAUUCAAAUAUUUUGGGUCUGUUUAGUUCCCUGGAUAUGCUCAGUUAGGCUUACAUGACUCAGAUAGCGUCUAGUUGAGUGUUGGAUAGAUGCACGGUUGAUUUUGUUUGGUCGUUUGCAUUAGUUUGUUCCAGAUGGA